CUGAGCUUUGGAAUCAUGGCUGGGAUUUUGAACGAAUCAGAAACCAGUUCAGAGGAUACAGAGCAGAGUGAAGGACAAGAAGACAACGCCAUCUGGGAGGAGUACCUGGGAAGGAAAAACAUUGUUCUGCAACUCCUGCACUCUACCCUGAGCCCCCAGCAGCUCCAGCAACAGCAGAACAAAGUUGAGCUGAUGAAGAAGUGCUACUUUUACUUGGAGAUCGAGCCCACACACGUGAACUUGGUAGAUGAGCACGAUGUGAUACAUCACACUGACAUCCUCCAACUGAUAGAUCCCUUCCACUUCCAGAACCUGAAGAAGGUGGGGAAAAAACAGACUGAAAUCCUGCUGACACUUUUAACUGAGCUGUUAGAGCAGGUGGUAAGAGGUCGGGAGGAACUGAGCUGUUACUUAGAGACCAACAACGUGAGAACUUUCCUCUCCCAGUGGCACCUGAUUGAGCAGAAGCUGCUGAAGCUCUCCCAUUACAUGGAAACUCUCAUUUCCUUGGAACUGCCAGAGAAGCUCUAUGUCAAGCACCGUUUGGUGUCACACGCAGAUCUCGGAGGCCUGAGUCUCCCCAACAUCAGACUUUCUCUCUGUACAAAGAUGCCACUGAUUUUUGAUCGAAAAGAAUCAUUUGCUUGCACGGACUGUGCCAAGCUCAAGUGGUCAACCCCAACCCCAGAGUCACAGCACGAAAAAUAUGAGCUCUGCUUCCAGUUGGUGACUGAGAGUCAGUCAGAAAGUGGGUAUGGUAGGAGUCAGGUGGUCACCUCCAACUCAUGCAUAGUCCAGAACCUGCAGCCUGGCAGAACCUACGAGUUCACAAUCAGAAGAUCAGUCACGGAGACGUUUGUCUUGGAAAAAUGGCAUGACAGCAUUAUCCUGAAGACAAAACCUAACACCAGUGACACUGUGGACAGCAGUGCUUGUGCACCAGUGGGACGAGGUGGCACAAACGAACAUCCCUCUCAUUUUGUCCUGUGA